UGACUAAGAUGGCUAAGAUGGGGUUCCUGUGGUACAUGCCAAGAUGGCGGCCAACAAGGUUGAAAAAGGUAGUCUACGAAAAAAGGCUAGCGUAAAGAACUCACUAGGAAAUCCUUACGUAUUAUCAUGGCCCACAAUCGAAAAGCAAGUGUAUUAUUCCAUUAUUAACGAAAUAAGAAGGACAUUUCCAGCAGUUUUGAGUAGAAGAUCCGUUUCUAAAGCGCGUAGAAAGCAGUUAGAAACUACUGAUAAAGACGCAUUGACAGAGGAAGACAAGAUACUGAUACAACAGAUGAAAGAAAAGCAAGAACUGAGGAAGUGUCUUGCUGUUGGAAUCAAUGAAGUUACUAGGGGAUACGAAAAAGAUGAGUUGAAAUUAGUUUUGGCAUGCCGUUCCAUUAAGCCAAGCUCAGUCACAGACCAUUUCAUGUUGCUAGGGGCAACUCGUCAAGUACCAACCCUUGGUCUUCAUGAUCUUGGGCAAGUGUUGGGUCCAUUACUGCAGUAUAAUAAGACAGCUGCUCUAGGUUUCAAGAAACAAGAUAAAGAAACAGCAUUUGACUCACUGGUGGAGUUUAUAAUUCCGAUGGUCCCUGAAAUAAAUGUUCCAUGGCUAAAACCAUUUGAAGAGACUAAACAGGAGACAUUUAGUAACGAGGGCUGUACUAUACAAGGUCAAGCAAACAAGGCUGGUCAACAAGCAGGGGUAAAAAGAAGGCAUUCUGAUGAAUCUGGGAAUUCAGAAGAUAGUGUUAUUAACAAGAAACAAAAAGCUGACAAAGAUGUUAAACUAAAUGUAGUUGAAGAGGAAAAACCAAAAGAAACUUUGAGGCAGUUGGAUGAAGAAAUACAAGAUAACAAAAAGAAAGAGUCUCAAAAUAUUACAGUUGAAAAUUCGAAACUGAACAACAAAACGAAAAGCAAGGAAGGAAAUUCAGGACAAAUUUUUGCACAGAAAGAAAGAAAAAAUGUGGAGCACAAAAGUGAACUUGGAAAAAUAAGUAUUUCUUUUGAGCCUAUUGUCAUAAAACAAAUUCUUCCAAACCCAGAUAAAAACAGGACUGGUAAAAGAAAAAAGACAAAAUCCAAAGCAAAGUAACAUAUAAAAUAAUUUAGAAAGUAUUCAUAUUGUCUUAAGAAAAAACUUGAAGAGUAAAGAACAAUAUUUUU